GACUCGUGCAUCAGAGUCAUCGGAACAGCUCGCUGCUCAGCUUGCUGUUCUACUCUGAAAUCAACUGGUGAAGAGGCAGCUGCUGCGCAAAGAUGGCGUCCCUUGUUGCUGCAGAUGCGAAGCAGGAGACUGCGGGAGGGGUUUCUGAGGGUUCAAUUCCAGUCUACUCAAGCCUGCGGCCGGUGCAUGGGCAUGAUGCGGAGGAGCUUGCUGCAGCGGAUGCGCGCUAUGAGGGACUUGCAUUGGAGUUUUUGCAGGCGUAUGGCGCGCCGCCGGUGCUGUUUGUCCGCUCUCCAGGGCGCGUGAACUUGAUCGGCGAACACAUUGAUUAUGAAGGCUACUCUGUGCUCCCGAUGGCCAUCCGUCAAGACACAAUCGUGGCUGUUCGAAAGCGUCCAGACGAUGGGUCAGCGCCAUCGCUCCGGAUUGCCAAUGUCAACUCCAAGAAGUACCCUGCAGUCGUGUUUCCUGCGGAUCCUUCUCAGGAGGUAGAUCGUGGCAACCACUCAUGGGCCAACUACUUCGUGUGCGGCUACAAGGGCGUCUGGGAGCAUCUAGAGCGGCUCAAGGCCUCUGGAAAGGAAGACGUCGAAGUCCCCACCCCCGCCAGCCUGGACGUUAUGGUCGAUGGCAUCGUGCCUACUGGUGCGGGACUCUCCAGCUCGGCAGCGAUUGUGUGCGCCUCUGCCGGCGCCGUGAUGGCCGCUCAUGGGCUCAACUUCUCACAGACCGACAUGGCGGAGCUCUGCUGCAAGUGCGAGCGCCACAUCGGCACACAAUCCGGCGGAAUGGACCAGGCCAUUUCCAUCAUGGCCAAGCCCGGAGUCGCCCUCCUGAUCGACUUCAACCCGGUGCGAGCCACCGACGUCGCUUUGCCGGAGGGGGGUACCUUCGUCAUCGCCAACUCUCUGACCGAGUCCAACAAGGCCGAGACAGCCGCCGUUAACUACAACAUGCGGGUCGUAGAAUGCAGACUGGCAGCGAUGGUGCUAGGACUGCGACUGGGGCUGCCGAAACAGGAGGUGUAUGCGAUCAACACGCUGGGCGAGAUUGAGGACAUGCUCUCGGCGGCUGCGCCCGGCCUGGGAGGAGAGGGGCCUCUGCCAGCCGUCGAGGCUCACUUGAAGCCGGAGCCGUACGUUGCGGAGGAGUUGGAGGAGCUUCUUGGUGAGAAGCUGGAGACGAUCAUGAAAAGCUCGCCGACCUCGCUCGCGGUCCUGGCGGCAGCGAAGCACUUUGCGCUGUACAAGAGGGCCAAGCACGUCUUCAGCGAAAAGGAGCGCGUCUACGCCUUCCGGGACACCGCGGCGCGUGCACAAUCCAGCAGCGGGGCGUCCUUUUCGUCCGAUCAAGUUCUGGAGGACUUGGGACAGCUUAUGAACGAGAGCCACGCCAGCUGUAGCGAGCUCUACGAAUGCAGUUGCAAGGAGCUUGAGGAGUUGGUGGGCGUCUGUCGGAAGAACGGCGCGAUUGGGUCGCGGCUGACGGGCGCGGGCUGGGGGGGCUGCACCGUGUCGCUCGUAAGGGACGGCCACGUGGCAGGUUUCAUCGAGAGUCUGAAGGAGGACUUCUACAAGUCGAGAGUCGAGCGGGGUCUCAUAAAAGAGGGCGACUUGGAGUCGGUAGUUUUUGCCUCGAAGCCGGCGGGAGGCGCUGCCAUCUUCAGAUUCGAUCAUUAGCUGCGGGGUUAGAUACACCAAGGCGAUUUUAGUAGGGUGGUUCUGGAUGCUUUUCCUUGACAAAGGUACGGACGGUUGAGCCCUGUGCAGAGUGGCCAAGAAGAUUACCGCCCGCGUAGUCAUCACGAGGCCUGAAGCACGAAAGCUAGAUUGUCGACCUGCAAUUGAUUACAGGCUAGCCUGCAGCUGGAGUAGAUUGAGACGAGCCAACAGGUGCACUUUGCUGCUUGCCCGACACUUGGCCGCUUGGGCCAGUCGGCCGAUUUUCUGGUCUGCAACGUGGCACUCCGGGCAGCUAGCCCGGCAGCGCUGGCCUGCCAGUGGCCUUCAUCCGCUCCUGCCUUCUUCAGCACAGUGUGAGCCUUAGCACUGCCUACGGCAUAAGGAAGUCGUAUCUAUCUAGGCAAUCAUAG